CAGUAUGACAUGCAGAUGAGUGCCGUCGAUCUUAGAAUCACUGCACACUUCACUCAUUUGGCCAGUCACGGGGCCAAAACCAGUGUUUGGAGCCAGAGUGUGGCGGUGGAGCCAGCAGCAAUGGGAGGCCAUACAGCAACCUAUGACAAAAUGGAAACCAGCAGGAGUGUGAGGAGACCUGAAAGUGGCACAUGGCAGAGUGGGAGCAAUGGGAGGCGGGUACAGGGGACCCAGGUCACACUGUGGGCCCAGCAGCAGCGUGACCAGGCGGUUGGGGCCACCUUGGGACGAUUUGGGGCCUGGUUGGCUCCUAUUGGAAGGCCCUGUAAUUCUGUCCAGCAACCUAUGACAAAAUGGAAAACCGCAGGA